CCACAGCUGCGGAACUUCCGGCUGGGGCCGCCACCUUGACUUCGCGACCUUGGGUUCCAGCUACUCGCUCGCUGCCUGCAGUCUGCUCAGUGUGGUCAUGUCCGUGCUGACUCCACUGCUGCUGAGGGGCCUGACAGGCCCGGCCCGGCGGCUCCCGGUGCCGCGGGCCCAGAUCCAUUCCAAGCCGCCGCGGGAGCAGCUCGGGACCAUGGAUAUCGCCAUUGGGCUCACCUCCUGCUUCCUGUGUUUCCUCCUGCCGUCGGGCUGGGUCCUGUCACACCUGGAGAACUACAAGAAGCGGGAGUGACAGGAGCUGUCCUCUCCCUCACCCUGUGACCUGAGCACCCCGGCCUGUCCUGAUCGUGUCUGCUGCAUUCCUGGCCGGCCUCCCCUGGAUCCUGUCCUUCAGUUACAGUGACCUCUUCUGCAAUCGUGACCUCUUGAUUUCUCCAUGUUGAUGCCCUGGGACCACAUGUAUCCGUUUAGAAGGCCCUGCUCGGUAGGGCCUCCCUUGUAACAAUAAAGUCUAUUUAAACCCUG